AUGCUGAACUCCGCAGUUCAAGCAUCAGUUAAUUUUACUGAGUGCUUAAUAUCAUCAAAAUCUAGUAAAUACGAAAAACCCAAGGAGAAUUAUCCUGCUUUUUUUCACCCAAAAAACAGAAAAAAAGACCAGGAGAUAAUUAAGCAGACUUUAAGUGGUGGACGUGGAGACCUAAAUAGUGGGUGUAAAAGUGGUGGACGUGGAUCCCCUUACCUAUCCCUAUAUAUAGAUAAUAAGAACUUGUUUUUUUUAAAGAACAGGCCCACCGAGGCUUAUUAUUUGGAAAGACAAAAAGACUUCUUAUUCUCACAUUUGGUUUGGAGGGAAAAAGGAGAACUAGAUGACUUACUUGCCAAACGACCUUACCAAUUCAAAAAGAAGUGGCAAGAAAUUAAAUUGAAAACUGAAAUAUUGAGUAAGUGGGAUAACCCGGCUAAGUUGGUAGCAGAACCUAAAAAUAGAAGUUUAGCCGCCUUGGCUUUUACUCAUGAGAUAGUGUUGGGUAAAGUUGAUGUUCCGUUGUUGGAUUUGGAUCCGAACAAGAAAGACGAGCAGGGCAAUUAUAGAAUUAAGCAAGAAUGGUUGAGAAAAGCCUUGGUGACAGGGGAGAAAAUUGGUGAUUUAUUAAGUGAUGGUGAUUUAGUGGCUUUACCGGUGGGGGGUGAUAAAAAUAGACAUGGAAAGGUUGAGGAAAGAGUGGAGGAGGUGUUGAAUAGGGUUGAUUUGAGUUUAGAGAAGUCUGGUGAAUUGGUUCAGAAGUCUAGAAAAAGCCCGCCGAUAAUCAAGGAGCAUUUAACCAAAAACCCAGAGCAAAGUGUUAAAAGAUUGAGGCGAGAAAUUAAAAUAUCAGGGAAGCAGAAAACUUGUUUAGAAGAUAUUUGA